GGUUUCUGGAAAACCAGAAGCAACUCAAAUAUGUGAACUGCCUGAAAAUUCUGAUAAAUCAAGUGCAGAAAGCGAUUCGGAGACUGAAGUGGAACAGGUCUCUGUGUAUCAUAAGCUCCUGGCUACCCUGAAGACCUCACCUGAGUCUGAGAGUGAGGAAGAGGAGGAUGAAAGUGAAUCAGAAGAAGCUGAGGAAAGUGAGGCAGAAAUGGACAGUGAAGGGUCCCAGGAGACUGGAGAAGCAGAUGGAGGUGAACCAGAUAAGAAUGAUGUACCAGAGGAGGAAGAAGAUGUUGUUUCUACAGACACAGCAGAGCAGACACUUGGCCAGGAGCAGGCCGAUGGCACAGAUGCCUCUUGUGACCCACGCCAUGGAGCAAAUGAGGAGUUUACUGAUGUGAAACACGAAUCUGAAUUUAGCUUGGAAACCAAUUUCAUGGAAGAGGAGAGUGGAGAUAGCAAUGCAGACAAAAGAGACAACAGUUCUUCUCAAGGUUUUUCAGAAGAUCCAUUUAAGCAGCACAUGGACAAAGAACUUGAGGAAAAAGAAGUAGAGAAAAUGUCUACGCUUCCUAAAACAUGCAGUCAAAACCAGUGGCCAAGACUGGGACAACUAACUUUUUCUUCCACGUUGGAGAAACAUAAAACUUUGAAAGCAGAUAAAGAAGUUGAUGUGAAACAGCUUUAUCUCCACAAGCCCUUAGAAUCCACUUGGCCAAAAGUGAAUAAACAGUUUCUGUCCCUAGUGAACAAACCAAGCGAUUCCUCUUUUACCCCGUUACAAAGAGAGCUCUUCUGUAUCAUGAAUACAUACCGGGACUUGUUCUAUCCAGAAAGAAAUGCUUUAACAAAUGGAGAAGAAAUCCGGCAUGCUUACUGCUUGCAUGCCUUGAACCAUGUUCUGAAGGCAAAUGCCCAAGUGCUCAGCAACAACGCCAAACGAAGAGACCAAAAGCCAGGGACCAACACUGAUGACUACAGAGAUCAGGGGCUCACUAGGCCUAAGGUACUGAUGAUAGUGCCCUUCAGGGAAUGUGCUCUGCGAAUUGUGCAUAUUUUCAUCAAUCUUCUUGAAGUGAAUGACAAAAAAAAAAUAGAUGUAAGUAAUAAAAAGCGCUUCAAAGGGGAGUUUGGCUCUGACCCAGAAGAGAAGCCCCCCAACCUGAAAAGACCUGAAGAUUAUGAAGCUGUCUUUGCUGGUAACAUUGAUGACCACUUCAGAAUUG